AAAUCCCGAGGAAAACUCUAACGAACUCUCCUAAAAAUGGCGCGCUUUAAAACCCAAAAACAGAAGAGGAAAAUAAAAGGCAAAAGGCUAAGAAUAUCUAAGUUUUGAAGAAUUCAAACACAGAAAAAAACAAAGAGAGAUAAUUUGAGAAGAAGAUCUGAAAGAAGAAUGAGCAGCGAAGAAGAGAAGACAGUGUGUGUGACAGGAGCUUCAGGUUACAUUGCUUCAUGGAUCGUUAAGCUUCUCCUUCUCCGUGGCUACACCGUUAAAGCCUCUGUUCGCGAUCCAAAUGAUCCGAGGAAAACAGAGCAUUUGCUUGCAUUGGAAGGAGCAGAGGAAAGGCUUAAAUUGUUCAAAGCAAACUUGUUAGAAGAAGGCUCUUUCGAUUCAGCAAUCGAUGGUUGCGAAGGAGUUUUCCACACCGCAUCGCCAUUCUAUCAUGACGUCAAGGACCCUCAGGCUGAGUUAAUUGAUCCAGCAGUGAAAGGAACAAUCAAUGUUCUUAGCUCUUGUUUGAAGACUUCCUCUGUUAAAAGAGUCGUCUUAACCUCAUCUAUAGCAGCUGUUGCUUUCAAUGGAAUGCCUCGAACACCCGAAACCAUAGUUGACGAAACUUGGUUUGCCGAUCCUGACUAUUGCAGAGCUUCCAAGCUAUGGUAUGUAUUGUCGAAGACAUUAGCUGAAAACGCAGCGUGGAAAUUCGCGAAAGAGAAUGAUUUACAGCUGGUUUCGAUAAAUCCAGCUAUGGUGAUUGGUCCUCUCUUACAGCCAACGCUAAACACUAGCGCUGCUGCAGUACUAAGCUUGAUCAAAGGAGCACAAACGUUUCCUAAUGCGACGUUCGGGUGGGUUAACGUUAAAGAUGUAGCGAACGCUCAUAUUCAAGCGUUUGAGAAUCCAACUGCUGAUGGGAGAUACUGUUUAGUGGAGAGAGUUGCCCAUUACUCUGAAGUUGUUAACAUUUUGCAUGAUCUUUACCCUGAUUUUCAACUCCCUGAGAAGUGUGCAGAUGAAAAGAUAUAUAUUCCAACAUAUAAAGUGUCAAAAGAGAAAGCAGAGUCUCUUGGGGUUGAGUUUGUGCCAUUGGAAGUUAGCAUUAAAGAGACUGUAGAGAGCUUGAGAGAUAAAGGGUUCAUCAGAUUCUGAGUUCCAUCCACAAAAAGAAAACUCAAACCAGAACCAGACUUGGAUCUGUUUGUGUUUUACUCCCAAGUUUUCUUUUAAUGUGUUUUUUCUUUUACUUCAUUCAAAUAUGGAGUGUUGCCUUUGAUAUUAUGAACAUUAUUUCAUCAUUUUGGACUGAUGGAACUAAAUUAUUUUUUUUCACUGGAAUUUGUAUUGGAAUGAAGUUUCCUUUUU